AUGGCGACACUUAUGAAAGAAAAACGCAAAGAGAAAAAGAAAUCCAAAGUUAAAACUGCUACUUAUGACAAAGAAAGUAAUUUAAAUAGUCUACAUGAACCUUUUGAGGAAGAACCAGAAAAUGUUGGUAAUAUGGCAACAAUUGUCCCAGAAGUAUCAGUCCAAGAUAAUAAAAUUUUUACUUUAGACACUUCCAAAUCUUAUAAUAAUAUUGAAUGUACAUCUGAGGGUGCAAGUAAUACUCUGGAACAUAAUGUGACUAAUACUGAAUUUAUUCAAAGUGAAAUAAGUACUUGUGCAGAAUAUAACUGUAUUAGUGACACAAAGAAAUAUAAAGAAGCAUCAGUUACUAGUUUAAAUGUAAUAAAAAUAAACAAAACCGAAGAUUUAAGUUUUAAAGAUUUAAAUAAAAGUCUACAAAAAAUUAAAAUACCAGAUCUUCAAAAUUCAUGUGAAUUAACAGAUCAGAAAGAAGAUAUAAAACCAUCUGCACCAGUUUUUAAUUUACCUACAGAGGCAAAUGUAGAAAAACAUGAAAUGCAUCAUGAGCCUGCAAUUAUUAAAAAGAAAAAAGCUAAAAGUAUUCCUUUAGCAGAGGCCAUUAGAAUAUUUGGAGGACGGGAAAUAGCUGAAGUAAAAGGUUUAAGUGAAAGAGAAGAGGUUGCUGUUGAAACGGGACCUACAAGUGGACCUGACCAUCCUCUCGUUGAUCUAUUAUCUACAUUCAGAUCAUCCCUAUCAGCAUUAGAGAAGGAAAGAGUCAAUAUCAAUUGUGGGUAUAUUGAUGAAGAAAAAAGAAGGAGUGUUUUAUGGAAAAUAGAGAAAAAAAGUAUUACAAUAACAGAACAGUGUCCUUGUGGUGCAAAUGUUGAGCUACAUGUAUUGUAUGAUUAUGCUGAGUUGCAGAAAGAUAGGCUACCAGUUGCAAAGAUGAGAUUAGAAGGACUGUUGCGGGAUGUUCAGGAAACCUAUUGCCAUCAUCAGCAUGCUGCUUUGUUGGCUUAUUCACAGAUAGACGAAUUAAUAUCAGACACAGUUCAAUGCAAUAAGGGUGAAAUUCGUGAAGCGUUGUCAUUGAUACUACAAGCAUUACGUCUCAGCGAUGGGGCUCCAGUGGCAUUUCCUCAAGCACUUGAGCGAUGGACUGCAGUAUUGGCUGAUGCAUUGAUAGAUGAGAGGGAUUUGAGGCAGCUACUGUUCAUUAUUCAUCAUUUGUUUAGACAGAGCCGCUCAGUGCAAUGGGCGGGGCGAAUCCUACGUGCGCGUGCGAAUGAUCUAAGUUCUGCAGCGAGGGUUAUUGCUAUUUUGGAUUUAUUGCUUACUGGGAACGCCUUGGAAAAUGCAUAUGAGUGCGUUGAGGACGAGUCUUGGGAGGAGGUGGACGUAAAGGGCGAUAGUGGAGCAGUGGGGGAAGGUCGUCUGCGAGAAAGAGAUCUAAUGAUCGUGCUAAACUCUUUACCCCUCAGAGAGAUUGUCGCUAGGCUCGCUCUGUUCUCUAGAGCGGAUAUAACAGAUACCAGUGAAUACGAAUGGGGUGAUUUAUCCGGUGGCCAUGGGGUGUUAAAGGCCAGUUGUGGCGCGAGAGUAUUGCUUGACGUAAUAUCGCGUGGUGCCCGUACGCAUCACGGUUACGUGCGUCUACGUGAUAGGUUGCGUACGUUAGCGGCGAGUUUGUUGCACGCACUGGCUGCACUCCAUAUGCAUUCUAGGAAUAAGUACACCAAAGAGUUAGAAGAUAGAAUAGAGUCCGAGUUGGAGGCUUGUUUCUCUAUGGGACUGUCAAUAAUGGGAGAGGAUUUGGAUAAACUACCUGCUACUCUGCUCACAGACGACUCAGCUCGGGAAUAUUGUAUGGCAUUUGAAAACUUACAUGACAAAUCACCUCAACGUGUGGAAGCCCUAAACACAAUACCAGUAGUGAGUUGUGAGUCGCGGGUGAAAGUGGUUACGCAAGUAGCGAUUGAUCGACUAGCGGAUAACGAUUUGGCAUCCGCUGUACUGCAGUUUUUGUUCGAGACUGGAAUCAAACGUAAACCGGCGAAUCUGAAAUGUUCAUGUGACUCUGUGGCUCGGGAAAACAUUUCUCGCCUUUUAGAUGCUCACCCAUAUUUAUAUACGACAGCAUUGCAUAUAUUCGCUGAUAUUUCACAGGGGGAGUCCAUAGAGUCCAAUCUGAUGAAACAUUUGUACGUCUCAAAAUGGCGGCCAAAUCUGACAGACUUACAGCAAGUAAUCAAUGAUUGGACCCAAAAAUGCCCUCAAAUCAUUCAAUAUUUAUUACUGGAUAUGGAUUAUACGCCUCACAGUGGGGUAUCUCUGGAAGCCCAACUUUACAUUGGAUGGUGGGCCUCACAAAUCCCAGAGGCCCCGGAGUGGACUUGGGCGCUUCUGAAACUUUUGCGCCUGCACCGCUCCCACUGGGCCCUUCCGCUUGAGGCCCCAGGUCUAGAUAAGGCCCCAGAUACACUGUCGGAUGUUAUGUUUGCACUACUGGCUACUGAUUGGGGUCAUUGUGUACCACUUGCCUGUGGUCCAGGCGUGGAUGCCUUACAUCGCUUAGCGUUGUCUAGACCUGUGGAAGCUCUGCACUGCUUGGGGCAGCUCGUUACUGUGAUGGCUACUUCACCCGAGUCCAUCUCCCUUACUCCUAAAUUUGCAGAAAUCAUAACAGUGAUCUUAAACUGGCGACCAAAUCUCGUUCAACGUGCCUUUGGGCGUGGCGGACAAAAUGGCGCCGAUCUCUUACAGAAUCUCGUUAUUCAACAACUUCAAGAUAAAUCACUGGAAACCCGUAGUGCAAUGCUAACGGCAUGGCUACACAUGUUAUGGACGCCAGCACAAGUGGGUUCGAGUCGUGGAAUAUUAGAUUCUGCCGUACGUUUUACGCAGGACUGGAGGACGCUUGAUAAUCACGUUUCUAUGAUAUUGCAGGCUGAAAACAGCAAACAGUACAUAGAUGACGCAUUACGUCACUCGUCAACCGCACCGCUUUUGUGCGAGAGCGUACUUCGACGUGCUCAUGGUACUGAGCUGCAAUCCGGAUUGUAUGUUCGUCUGCUGGAUGUACUGGCGUUGCAGAGGGACCAAAAGCAGAGGAUACAUGUCGAUAAUGCCAUCAAGAAAGUGGGCGGCACAAUGUCUUCAGAAGAUCUGGUCAUACAUCGCACAGCUAAUACUGUACUAAGUGUCCCAUUCUCUCACCCGGCACAUCUGACUCUAUGGAGACUGUUCCUCCAUCUUUUUCUCCAAAGACCACCCUCCAGUCCGCACGAAACGUCACCGCCAGUUGGUCCACUAUUCUUCAGUGGUCUAGUCAAGACGCGUACAUUGGCCCAGUUAAAGAAACGCCUACAAGAAACGAUUACGUAUCACCAACAGACAGCCGAAUUGUAUCAUUCUCCAACAGUUGAUUCUCCGGAAAAAUCGAAUACGACGUUCGAUAAAAGUCCAACCUCAAGUAAUAUAUUCCCGGAGUUGUCGAUUAGCGAUAUGUUUGAAGAGUCCAGUGAUGAAUCGAAUUCCGAUGUAGAAAUAGAAGAUAAUGUUGAAGUGAGGAGUGGAGGAGACAAUAUCCUGGUGACAUAUCAUAAUGGCGCUGAGAGAAUGGUUCGUGAAUACGUCCGCUGGUUAGAGGAAGGCGAUAAGGUGCGGGCGUACCCUCACAACGCUGACAUCGCCAUAUUUAUUCCUGAACAGGCAUUAUCAGCGGCUUGGGAACUCUCCCAUCCAUAUAAUCAUCCCUCUCCCUCUGUACGUGAAGUGCCCGUCACACUAACGUACUACGAACAAGCGUUGCGUGCUGUACGUAAUAUAAAUGAACGGACUCAUCAAAGAAAGAAUAAACGCGUCAUUAAAUCUCUAGUGGAAAAUGUUAACUUUAGCGACACACGAGUCGUAUUGAAGUUUAUUGAAAAACAUUUGGUGGAAGUAGAACAGUUUUCUCGUGAAUGGUCAAGCGAGGUUAGUCGUAUAUCGCAACUGGAUGGGCGGUUGUGGGAGUUAGUCGGCAAGCUGCGCAUGCGCAGACCGUUGCCGCCUGUUAAGAAAAGCUGUUCACAAAAUUGUACACCGAUUACAAUACGAAUUGCGGAAGACGAAUGGUGUAUAUCAACAGCGGCUGAACGAGAAAUACAAGAGAAUAGACGUUCAUCUCGUGCUAACGUGCGUCGUUUGUGCCGUGCACGACCGCAUUUCGCACGUACAGCUGCCGCACUCAUAUCUGCUGCUACGCACGCCCGUAAUGCCGAUACAGCGGUUAGUGUGUGCGAAAGAGUGUGGCGAUACACCCCUCUCACUCACACGUGCACGCACGCGCAACAAUUGUUGGCCAAUGUCGUCGCCCUACUUGCUGAGAAAUGGAUCAGUCACGACUCACGUCGUAUAGUGGAAUUACUGUCUCGUUGGAGCCGAGGUGAUUCUACCCAGCAGUUACUCUGCAGUGCCCUUAUAUCGCCCACAAAAUUGCCCAUGAGCGAGUGGUCACACGUGUAUGUAGCGACAUGUAAGGCCAACUUGCCGUCUCACACUACGUUUAGUUAUUUAUCUAAGUUCGACAUAUCCCGAUGGGCCAUCGCAGUAGAAACAGCACAGCGUAGAGAAGUGCUUCUAAUAAUCACUGACACUGCGCAGAAAUGGGGCCCUAAACCUGACACGGAGCAUCAUGUGCUUAUCGAGCUUUUAGGCGUCCACUCACACGCUAUUGUUUCAUCUGCGGAACUAAACGUUCACGUGUGCGAAGCUUUCCGACGCGCAGCUUCAGGAAAAUUACCGCCGGGAUUUUGCGCACAUUUGACAAGAGCCGUGGAGUCGCAUGCGCAUCUGCUGACAUUUGAUCAGAUCGGCCAUUUCCUACGCGACUUAGGCAGUAUUUGGUGGGAGGCGCGUAAAAGUUCCUCGAACAGGCAAAUGUAUCCCCAAUACGCAACGCACGUAGCGGCCGUGUUGACCUCACUACAACGGGCAUUCGUCGAGGCUGCUCGGAACUUGAGUUAUGCUCCUGAAAGAGUGACGCUAUAUUCCUGGUCAUCAAUGGUAGAAUCAUGGUCAGCGUGGAUUUCACCACAGUCCCUCGAGCCACUUCUUCCUUCCACGUGCGAGGAUGAAAAGUACACGCAAAUGCUUCAAAAUUUUCUCACUUGUGUACUGAAAGUUUUGGAAGAUAGUCCCGAUAGCACAGAAUCUCUUCUAUACGAAAUAUGGAGUUGGUGUGUGGAGACAUACUGUGCCAACAGUAGGGAUACCACACAAGAGUGCCGCGUCCAACUGUCCGCAUUGUUGUCCAUUGUCCUACAACUUGACUGGCGUCAUCAGUGGUUUAAGUCUGCUUGUCUUCCGAGAGUUAUUCAGAUUAGCGAAUCAGGUGAUAGAGAGAUCACGACCUGGUCCAGUGUUACGUUGAGUCAUACGCGAGCGGAGACGUGGCUGCGUUCAGUGCCUGACGUACACGUCGCUCCUACGUUGGGUGCGCUCUUCGAUUUGUUCGUGUCAAAGAACAUGCAGUAUUCAGAACAGUUCAUAUCGGAAUGUUGCGGAGUUUCCUGGUGGAGACUUCCUACAGAAGCUCUGGACCAGCUGCUGGAGAAGUUCUACUUCCAACACCAUAACCCAGGAAUGCCGUACUGCGACCUGCCACAGUUCCGCAUUGUCCUAUCGGCCAGUCAGCUAAGCGUUCACCCAAACACGCCGAGUACGAUCGUCAAUAAUGCCACGUCACACGUGAAGCGUUGCCGCGCCGUUUCGCAGUACGUAAGAGCCGUUGUGUCGCCGCCCUUACAGUCGCAUCUAAGGACUCACGUGACAAGAUUAUUGCAAGUUAUUACUGAACUUGUACCAUACACUCAGGGUCAUUUAGAAGAAAUUCUCAGUCGUAUAAUGGUUAUUAUGUGUAUGGAGCCUGCAGCUAAAAUUGUUCUACCCGUUUUAUUACAAUGGCUGUCACAAUGCAACAGCACGUUACGAGUAGCGAGCAUGUCCUCUGUAGCUUCGAUCACGGUGUUCGAUUAUUUCCUUCCUCUAGCUGAUUUGUUGGCGAAGACACACUUAAAUAGUGCUGAUGGCACGGGUUGGCAAGAAGCAGUGAUCCGUUGGAAAUCAAGCCCCUGGUGGGAGGCGAGUGCGUGCCUCAAACGUGCUGGAUUGUAUGCCGCGUACGCACUUCUACGUGCACGUCCCAACGAGCACACACCCGAACGUAUAUGUGAAGCUUUAUUGGCUUUGAACAAUACUGCGAUUAACUUCUCCGAAAACGAAGAGAUAAUAGCAUUAUGGAUUUGCGUUGUAUCUCGUAUUGCCACUACUCAAGGGGAGGACGCGAGGGAAUGUAGGAAUGUUGCGCAGGAGUUGAUCGAUAAAUGGGCAAUCGAGCCCAAACGUUCCUUGCUUCAAGUUGUCGCUUUGCAGACUACGGCACCUGCGCCUACACCACGACAUCGUAUCCUUUGCCGUUUUGCUCAAUGCAUCACAUCUCCAUCGGACACGACCGCCCGUUUAUACGAAGCAGCUGUAAAUUCUGUACUGGGUUCGACUCCCGGUGACGUCGUAACGUGGUGUAAUAAUCCUAGUCUAAAGAAGUUAUUGCAAUUAGCUAAUAAAUUGUAUCCUAAUAGAGAAUUGUACUUUGGAGCAGAACUUCAGUAG